UGUGCGGGGGGGCUGGUAGUGCAGGGAAAGAGAGCCAAGCGCCACUCGAUCCAAGAGUGUCUCAGCCAUCAUGUGGGGCAGGCUUCGGAGCGACCUGACAAAGGCUCUUGUGUCAGAGUUCAGAACCUGGGCGAAGCUGGAAACCAUGCAGAGGGUGAUGCAGGAGCUGCCACGCGUCUAUGUAACCAGGCAGGUACCCCCAGAUGGAAUGAAGAUCCUGAAGCAGUCUGGCAUGUGCCACAUUGAACAGUGGGACUCUGAUGACCCAGUUCCUCGUCAGGAGCUUUUGAAACAGGUUUCUGGAAUUGAUGGUCUAUUAUGUGUGCUAACAGAAAAAAUUGAUGCUGAGCUUUUAGAUGCAGCAGGACCAAAGCUCAAAGUGGUCAGCACUAUGUCAGUGGGAUAUGAUCAUCUGUCCUUGGAUGAAUUAAGGAAAAGGGGGAUUCGUGUUGGAUACACCCCUGAUGUGCUGACCAAUGCUGUGGCUGAACUGACCAUUUCUCUGCUGCUAGCCACAUCUCGUCGGAUUGUUGAGGCUGCUGACGAAGCAAAAAAUGGUGGAUGGGGCACCUGGAGGACAAUGUGGCUAUGUGGCUAUGAGCUGCCACACAGUACAGUGGGCAUUCUGGGCCUAGGCAGAAUUGGCGUGGCCAUCGCUGAACGUCUGAAACCCUUUGGAGUACAAAAGUUCAUCUACACAGAUGUUGGCCCCAGACCUGAGCUGGCAAAUAAAAUAGAAGCAGAAUAUGUUCCACUGGACGUGCUGGCAAAAGAAUCAGACUUCCUUAUUGUGUGUUGUGCUUUGACAGCCGAGACUCAAGAAAUCUGCAAUUCCUCAAUGUUUUCCAAAAUGAAGAAUACAGCAAUAUUUAUCAACACCAGCAGAGGUGGUGUUGUAAACCAGGACGAUUUGUACAAGGCUCUUUCCAGUGGUCAAAUAGCAGGAGCUGGACUAGAUGUUACUGUUCCUGAGCCACUACCCACAAGCCAUCCUCUGUUUAAACUGAAGAACUGCACUAUACUUCCCCAUAUUGCCAGUGCCACCUAUUCAACUCGAAAUGCCAUGUCUGCCUUAGCAGCUAACAACCUGCUUGCAGCCCUGAAAGAUGAAGCCAUGCCUAAGGAGCUGAAAUUAUGAUUUCCUAAAGAAGUCAGCCGAGCAGCAGUUUUUCUGUGAUACUAUAAAGCUGGAAAUGAUGUUCCUUAAUCUUAGAAGCCCUAUGAAUAACAGUGAUGUCUGGAAGAGACUUCUGCAAAUGUACAAUCUGAAAUACUGUUCCAACUUAAAUAUAAUGUAGUGGAAAGAGAGGAUCCACUUGAGAACAGAAGUGUAAAGGAGUUUUCAACAAUAGUACAGUAAAACAGUAUACGUUUUGCGCCCCCAAAACCUAUGAGUACUUUUUUUUUAAAAAUAAGUAGCAUUUCAGAAUGUAUAGCAUUUGUCUUAUUUUGUAAGAGGCUCAAUUCACUCUUAUUACAUACAUUGCACUAUUCAGCCCAGCAUGCUAUAGUACAGUAAUUACAAAUAAAGUGCAAUGUAGGCACAAAUCAUUGCAUUAAUACAAAGAGAACUGUAAUGCAAUACAAAAUGUGUGUGUGUUUAUAUAUUAUAUGCACACACAGACACACACACACACACACAAAAAAGGGUUCUUUAAAGUCCAAAUUCCAGUUUUUCUAGAAUCAAAACAAUUAUUUCCCCAUCCUUUGACUUGCUCCAAUUUUGAGGCAAGUGUUUAUUUAACCAAAACGUAUGCAACUCUGUUUGUUUCAAAAUUUAUUUCAUAGGCAAUUGAUCUAAAAAUCAGAAAAAGAUACAAAGUGGAUAACUUUUGUGCAAUAGUUUUGUUAUAUUUAAUUCCCAGAAAUAUCUAUAAAAAUUCUAACUGUAACUCUCAAUUGAACUGCCAUUUUUUGCUGUUCAUUCAAUGUGAAAUGACAUUUGUGGAAUAACCAUGACAAAAUCAAUUUAAUCAUUUAAGAUGUACACUUAAUUGCUGAGUAGUAUUAUUAUUAAAGUAACAUACAUUUUACACAAUGUAAUAAUGACAAAAAUGUACAACACGAGUUUUAAAGCUUUAUUGGGUUUUCUCUUUUAUCAUGAAAAAAACGACUCCCUAAAUCUUUUUAUAUUGUAUUAAUACAGUAGAAAACACAGUAAAAAUGGCACCUCUCUGCAACAUGGCUAGAAUCAGGAUAUAUUUCAAUCAAAUAAUAACCUCAACACAUCACUCAAGCUGCUGCCACCCCACCUUUGUUCAAGGCAUAUAUCUAGAACAUGCACUGUAAGAUGGUUACUUAUGUAAACCUCCCUGUAAAAUAAAAGCCUCAAAAAUGGCCAUCAAAUAACCUUUCACACACAUAGACAUACAGUAUGCUAAUCUUCUGCUCUGUUUUCUGCAGACUCUUAUUUGUCGGGAUGGAGCACACACCCAGACUCAAGCCUAUAUGACAGCUGUGCUUGAUAAUUAGCAUAUUACUAGAUAAUUAAAAGAUAAUAAUGAGGAAGAAGACAGGCAGAAUGUUUCUUCCCUGGUUCCUGUGAUGUUAAUGAGAAAUAAGGUAACCAUAUAAAAGUGGAAAAAGGUAGACAUUACUGUAUUGAUGAUACACUGUAUGUUAAAGGAAGCCUACUGACCACCUUAUCUAGUUUACUGAACAGCAAAUUAUGUCAAAAUAUUGAGAAAAGGAAGAGCUGGUUAACAUCUUGCUGAGAAAUUCACAAAAUGGCAUUAAAUGUUGUACUGUUGCUAAUUAAAUGUCACUGACUUAUUUUUAUACUUAUGUUGUUGAAGCAAUUUUAAAAUAUAUUCUAAAUUAAGCACAAUAAACUGUUUUAUUAAAUA